GUGCGCGCGGCGCGGCGGGAUGGUGGCGCGGGGGCUGCGCGCGCUGCGCGGGGCGCUGCGGGCGGCCGCCGCCGCCGGGCGCCGGUUCAGCACGCGUCCGGCGCGCGCCCCCGCCAUGGACUACCAGGACGCCAUCCGGACCCUCAACACCCUGCAGACCAACGCCAGCUACCUGGAGCAGGUGAAACGAGAGCGUGGCGACCCCCGGGCCCAGCUGGAAGCCAUGCGGGGCUUUUUGGAGAGGAGCGGGCUGAAGGUCGAGGACCUGGAUCGACUGAACAUCAUCCACGUCACGGGGACGAAGGGCAAGGGCUCAGCAUGCGCCUUUACCGAGUGCAUCCUCCGCAGCUAUGGGCUGAAGACGGGCUUUUACAGCUCCCCUCACCUGGUGCAGGUGCGUGAGCGGAUCCGCAUCAAUGGGCAGCCCAUCAGCAAGGAGCUCUUCAGCAAGUACUUCUGGCUUGUCUACAACCGCCUGGAGGAGACCAAGGACCCGGAGCAUGCCAGCAUGCCGGCGUACUUCCGCUUCCUCACCAUCAUGGCCUUCCACGUCUUCCUGCAGGAGAAGGUGGACCUGGCAGUGGUGGAGGUUGGCAUCGGCGGCGCCUACGACUGCACUAACAUCAUCAGGGCGCCGGUGGUGUGUGGGAUCUCCUCCCUGGGCAUUGACCACACCAGCAUCUUGGGGGACACCAUGGAGAAGAUCGCCUGGCAGAAGGGGGGCAUUUUUAAGCCCGGCGUGCCGGCAUUCACCGUGAUGCAGCCGGAGCGGCCACUGGAGGUGCUGAGGGACCGAGCCCAGGAACGGGAGUGUCCCCUCUACCUCUGCCCGGAGCUGGACGCCUUCGAAGGGGACCACCGGGCACUGGAGCUGGGGCUAGCGGGUGCCCACCAGCGCUCCAACGCCGCCCUGGCCCUGCAGCUGGCACGGACCUGGCUGCAGCGCCGCGGCUGCCGGGGUCUCGGGGAGCUGAAGGAGGUGCCACCAGGUGUGGAGCUGGUGGGGAGGCCAGUGCCGCUGGCGCCCGCCUUUCAACCCACCGAUGCCAUGAUCCAAGGUUUGCGGGACACCGAGUGGCUCGGCCGGACACAGGUGCUGCCCCGCGGCCCCGUGACGUGGUACCUGGAUGGUGCCCACACCACCAGCAGCGUCCAGGCCUGCGUCCGCUGGUUCCGCCAGGCCGCCCUCAACCAGGACAAGCCCCACGACGGCUCCGAGGUGCGCGUGCUGCUCUUCAACGCCACGGGGGACCGGGACACGGCGGCGCUGCUCAAGCUGCUGCUGCCCUGCCACUUCGACUACGCCGUUUUCUGCCCCAACUUCACGGAGGUGUCGGUGGCCAACAACGCUGACCAGCAAAACUUCAACGUGACGCUGGAGAACGCCCUGACCCGCUGCCUGGAGAACCAGCGGACGUGGACCCGGCUGCUGGAGGAGAAGGGGGGGCAGGACCCCUGGCUCCCGGCCCCGCUGCGGACAGGGGGGCUGCUGCAGCCGACUCCCCCGCGAGGGACCCUGCUCCUGGUCCCCCCGGCCCCACGACCCCUCAAUUCCCCCUCCCUGGUCUUCCCCUGCCUGGCCCAGGCACUGCGGUGGGUGGCGCAGGGCCGGGACCCCCGGCUGGCAGCACCCGCGGCCACGGGGGCUCAUCCCCACCCCGUCGCCAGCAGCGGGGCCGUGCUGCUGCGGGAGGCAGCCGCCGUCCGCGUCCUGGUCACUGGCAGCCUGCACUUGGUGGGGGGGGUCCUCCGGCUCCUCGACCCCACGCUCUCCCAGUAACUGGGGGGGGACUGGGGCUUUGCACCUCUUUUUACUUGAAGCAAUGGUUCUGCCCCCGCUGAUGCUCGGAGGCAACCGGGGGGGACAUGCGGGACCCCCAGCCCCAUCCCGGCUUGUCCCUUUUCACCCCAGUGCCUUU